CUCAGUGCUGGUGUCUGGGAUCUUGUAUGGGGGUUAUGUGAUCCAAUCACAUUUCCUAAUUGGGGAUGGCAUCGGAACUGCGCAGGAGUGACAAGGACUUGAAACGAGAGUUGUCCUCGGUAAAACAACCCAAAAAACGGCGACAAAAAGUACCCCAAAACUGCCACUACACCCGUGCAGCACUGCGCCCCAUGGCAGUACGUCUUCUACCCUUACACUUAGUGUGGACCGGGGUUGGUGGCAUUUUUCAUACAGAUCGCCACCAGGCACGCGAUUCGCUCCUGCGCUAGAUGCGAAAUCUGUGAAAUCCCACCCAGAUCGGGUGAUGGAGUAUCUAUUUGACUGGAGUUUUAAGUAUGU